UCGAAAUCAGAAAUUGCUAGAUUCUGGUGUAGAUUCAGUCAUAAGCGGAGAAAAAAUUUCGCGCGCACACUGAAAAAUGGUGGAAAAAACAAUGGUGAAGCAAGAGAGAAUCCCUCCUAUAAUCGCGCACAGAAUUUUCCUCUAUCUUCCUGGAAAUGGUGGUUUUGAAAGAGGGAAUGGGCGUAAACGGCUAUUUGGUAGCCAUUGGUUCUGUUGUAUGGAUCCGCAAUUUGUGAGGAAAUUUCGACUGUGUUUUAAAUAGCUCAUUUUCGUGCUCUCUCAGACCCUGCAUUUUUGUCACUGGUGUAGGCUUUUGUCAAGUUUGUGAUUUCUGGGAUUGUCUUCAGAUUGCAGUCUUGCUAGAUCAAACUUGCGAACUGCAAUCACGAGUGACAAUAUGUCAGGGUCUCUCGAGUGCUCUGCCAUGCCAAGUCACAACAUUGGAAACUCUGAGGAUGAGAAGAAGACAAGGCUUGGGUCUUUCAAGAAGAAGGCAAUUGAUGCCUCUUCAAAGUUCAAACAAUCUUUGACCAGGAGGAGGAGAAGCAGCAAAGUUAUGUCCGUUGUGUUUGAGGAUGAACAUGACCCGGAGGAAUUAAAGUCUCUGCAUGCCUUGCGUCAAGAACUUAUUCUGGAAGAAUUAUUGCCUGGAAAACAGGAUGACUAUCAUAUGAUGCUAAGGUUUUUGAAGGCAAGGAAAUUUGAUAUUGAGAAAACAAAGCAAAUGUGGUCUGAUAUGAUUCAGUGGAGGAAAGAUUUUGGUUCUGACACAAUUAUGGAGGAAUUUGAUUUCAAGGAGAGAGAGGAAGUCCUUAUAUACUAUCCACAAGGGCAUCAUGGAGUUGACAAGGAAGGGAGACCUAUUUACAUCGAAAGACUUGGUCUGGUAGAUGCAACCAAGAUUUUGCAAGCCACAACAAUGGACCGCUACGUUCAGUACCACGUCCAGGAGUUCGAAAGGACGUUUAUUGAUAAGUUUCCAGCCUGCUCCAUCGCAGCCAAAAAGUACAUUGACCAGAGCACAACCAUUUUUGAUGUUCAAGGAGUGGGACUGAAAAGUUUUAAUAAAGCUGCUAGGGAACUUAUUCAGCGCCUUCAAAAGGUUGAUGGUGAUAACUAUCCCGAGACCUUAUGCCGCAUGUACAUUGUUAAUGCGGGGUCUGGAUUUAGGCUUUUAUGGAACACUGUCAAGUCAUUUCUUGACCCAAACACCACUGCUAAGAUCCAUGUUUUGGGUAACAAAUUUCAGAGCAAACUGCUUGAGAUUAUUGAUGCUAGUGAGCUACCAGAGUUCCUGGGAGGUAAAUGCACCUGUUCAGAUAAAGGUGGAUGCAUGCGUUCUGAUAAGGGUCCUUGGAAUGAUCCAGAGAUUAUGAAGAUGGUACGUAAUGGUGCUCACAAAUGUGGGAAUAAAACUGUCUCUGUGGAGGAGAAAAUGAUUUCAGAGGAUGAGAAUGUGAAUAAAAAUUCUUUCAAGCUGAGAACAGACUCUCUCCGUGUCUCAAGGGAAAACAUAGCAUGUCCUCGGCUCUCAUCUGUUCAUGAAGAAGUAACCAAAAACUCUCUUAGUCCACAUGAGCCUAGUGCUGCAAUUUUCAAUAAGGCCAUCAAUGCAACAUGGCCCCAAGCAGUGAAAAUAGAUAACUCUUCUCUUUCUAAAGACUAUUUUUCAAUGCACGGUGAUACUUAUAGGCCAUCUGAAGGACAAAGCAAUCAGCUCUUUACUGGAGUAAUGACCUUCAUGAUGGGCAUAGUUACAAUGGUUCGCAUGACAAAUAACAUGCCAAGGAAGCUUACGGAUGCUACCCUCUAUUCUAGUUCGAUGCAUGAUGCUGAUUCGACUAAGACAAAUCCUGCUAUUUCCCAUGCUGAUUUCUUGAGCAUGAUUAAACGCGUGAAUGCACUAGAGGAGCAGGCAAGUUUUCUCAGCAAGAAACAAAUGUCGGCUAUGCCACCUGAGAAGGAGGAAAUGCUGAAUGUUGCCUUGCAUCGUGCUGAUAGACUGGAGCAAGAGCUUGCAGAAAUGAGAAAGGUUCUUGAGGACACCCUUGUCCGACAAGACGAAUUCAUGGCCUACAUUGAGAAGAAGAAGAAUAAGAAGAAGUUCUUUGCUUUUUAAGUCAAGAAACCAAACUACUUGUCAGAUUAUUUUCUUUUGAUUCUUUUCGAGAUGGCAAUUUUUCAGCUCCAAUUGUAAAACUUUUGUAAUUACAUGCUUUGCUAACUUGAGAAAUAUCUGUUCUGUUUCAUUCAAGUUUGGGCUACCGUUAGAGGCCAAGCCCGGCUCAACAGAUUUAUAGGUAGGCAAAUUAGGCCCAAUACCCUAAUGUUUAAUGGGGAAAAAAAAUCACAUUUCAAGUGUUAUACUUACCUCAAUUCAAAAACCAAGUAAAUAGUUUGAAAUUUUAAAAAUCAGAUAUGUAUUUAAUUUAUUAAAAAUAUUUAUUAAAUAAUGAUAAUAAAGUCACAAUUAGAU